UGUUUAAUGGCGACCACCAGUGACGGGUCGUCUGCGAAUGUGUCUUAGUUUAUUGUUGUUUUAGACUUUAGGUUUUGUGUUUACGAUAAAAUGACGGGGAUCCUGCCUUCAUAUCAGCGGUUCGUGAAUGGCGUCCCUGUCCCGUCCAUUUCGCGGCGCUCGUUCCGCCUCCGGGAGAAAUAUUUAAUUAUUUCAGUACUGCUGACUUUUGGGAUUGUAUGGCUAGGAGCCCUAUUUUACUUGCCCGAGUUCAAAAGUUCGAACGUUGUGAACGACAGUGUGUAUGAUGUGUACAAGAGGAUCCAGAAGGCGGGUCCGGACCUGCUGAUCCCGUCGCCGUUAGCGCAGAAUGAGGUGGGAGACUACCCCAUGGUGGGCAUCCACCGCCACGGGAAUGUGGGCAGUGAUCCUCAUUUAAUUGAGGACAAGAACCGGUUACGAGCCAAGAUAGAGGAGGACAUGGGGAUGAAGGUGCUGGAGCGUCCACAGUUUGAGGUGGCUCCGUCUGUGUCCUCAUCCCGGGGGCCCAGCAAGGGUCCAGUAGAUGCCAUAGAAGAGCCCGCCCCGGCUGGCAACAAUGCCGUGAGCAAGAGCAUAGCGCAGGAGCCCAAGGCUGAGCGCUUAGACAAGUAUGUGGCGGUGGCGCUGUCUCCCUCCGCUGACCCUGAUGACAAGAUGAAACUGGAGACUGUUAAAUCGAUGAUGAAGCACGCGUGGAACAACUACAAGCUGUACGCUUGGGGCAAGAACGAGCUGAAGCCGCUGUCCAAACGGGCGCACCUGGCCAGUGUGUUCGGGGCCGGCGACCUGGGCGCCACCAUCGUGGACGGGCUGGACACCCUGUACAUCAUGGGCAUGACCAAGGAGUUCCAGGAGGGGAGAGACUGGGUGGCGAAUAAUCUGAGGAUUGAGGAGGUGGACUCCGACCUCUCUGUCUUCGAGACGACGAUACGCUUCGUGGGCGGUCUGCUCUCCUGCUACGCGCUUACCGGAGACGCCAUGUUCAAAGACAAGGCGGUGGAGGUGGCUGAUGCCCUGCUGCCCGCCUUCAAGACGCCUACUGGCCUGCCGUAUGCGCUGAUCAAUCCUUCUACUAAGGUGGGUCGCCAGUACCACUGGGCCGGUCCGAACAGUAUUCUGUCGGAAAUCGGCACUCUCCACAUGGAGUUCACAUACCUGAGCGCCGUCACUGGAAACGAAGAGUACAAGAACAAGGUGGACCGCAUCCGCGAGGUGUUGAACAACAUCGAGAAGCCGGACGGGCUCUAUCCCAACUUCAUCAACCCGCGCAGCGGGCAGUGGGGGCAGCGCCACAUGUCCCUCGGAGCGCUAGGCGACUCAUUCUACGAGUACCUCCUGAAGGCGUGGCUGGUCUCCAACCAGGGUGACGCCGAGGCGCGAGUCAUGUUCGACGAGGCUAUGGAAGCAGCACUAGAUAAGAUGUUGAGGGUUUCUCCUUCUGGCUUGUCGUAUUUAGUGGAGCUGAAGUAUGGGAGAGUUUUUGAGGAGAAGAUGGACCAUUUGUCGUGCUUUGCUGGUGGCAUGUUCGCACUCGCGUCCACUACUCUGGAGAACCGUCUGAGCGAACGCUACAUGGACGUGGCUCGCAAACUGACGGACACGUGCCACGAGAGCUACGCAAGGUCGGAGACCAAGCUGGGGCCUGAAGCUUUCAGAUUCACAAACGCAGUGGAAGCCCGAGCUCAGAAGUCCAACGAAAAGGUUUACUUACUUCGUCCGGAAACAUUCGAGAGCUACUUCAUCAUGUGGCGACUCACCAAGGACCAGAAGUACCGCGACUGGGGCUGGGACGCCGUGCAGGCGCUAGAGAGCCACUGCCGCGUGGAGGGUGGCUACACGGGGCUGGUGAACGUGUACCACGCGGCGCCGCAGGGCGACGACGUGCAGCAGAGCUUCUUCCUCGCUGAGACACUCAAGUACUUAUACCUGCUGUUUGCUGACGACAGUCUACUCCCGCUCGACCAGUGGGUGUUCAACACGGAAGCCCACCCCUUCCCAGUGAAGGGAAAGAACGCCCUCUAUCGAGAGGCGAACGAAGUUGCCAACGCGCCGUAGAGUUGGUAAAGAAACUGUAGGAGAAAAAUCAUGUGUAAUGUUGACACGGUGGUGUGUGUGUUGGUUGGUAGAUGGCGUUGAUGACGGUUUUUUGUGAAUAAAAGUUUUGAGAGGUCACAUUUGUUAGUAGGAUGAAGAUUCAAGAUACUUUUCUAAUUAUUAAAGUGAAAAAGAAGACGCGAAAAAUACGUCUUUGAGAGUCGAAUGUGGCCUAAUCUACAGCAUGUGAGUUCGUUGAUUUUUUAACUGGUCCAACUUGAAUUGAGUUUGACCAAAAACAAAUAACUGAGUACCCUCAGUCUAAUAUUGCUUUAAAUUUGAAAAUAACUCACAUUAGAAACGGUACUUAUAUCGUUUUCGCGGCAACGACGCCUGACACACUAAAAACACAUUUAAACUUACAACACCACUCUGCUUCGAAAGUUAUAAGAGAUCAAUAUUUAACCCGAGCCUUUUAUCUGGGUUCUCAUACUAUCUGAUGUUAACUCCGCUAACAAAAUAAUCCUUUCCCGAAUUAUUUCUUUUUGUAUUGGAGUUUGCUCCUAUACUAUCUAAUAAUAUUAUUUGGAAAUGAAUUUUAUGAUUAUAAAUUAAGGAUGGUAAGGAUGUUCGUUUUAAAGUAAUCUUGGGAGAAAUUUAAAUUGAUGCAUUUUGGCAACUUUUAUAUUGGCAUUUAAAAUCAGCAUUUUAAUACAGUUCCCUGUGUUAUUUAAUUAUUAUAUCUAUAAAAUAUUAUUUUGACUUUCUUUCUUGCGGUGUGUAUCAUACAAAAACUUUUUGAAAUUCAUUUAUUUUCCGCUUUUGCUAAAUUUCAUUAAAACGAAUGAGUGGAAUAAAGCAGGUUAUACCAUCAUUAUUGAAUUUGUUAGUGAUGUUGCGAAUUUUGCCUAAUUUAAUUAGUAAAUAUAAAUUAAUAUAUUAGCCGAAAUUUCGUUGUUACUUGCUUAGGUGAUAUGAAGUUAUGUGUAUUUUUACUGUAAAUGACGUGAAGGUUUUUUACUAAA